CAACGUAGAAACAGACACUCAGCGUCGCAAACGAAAGCGUCCCGUCCCGAACCGAGACCGAAACUUUUUUAACUCCCCAUUUUGUUGUAUUUUAGAAAUUGCUUUCUAAAUCGUCAGUCCGCUUCGUGACAAGACGGACGUAAGAUCUCGAAACAAUGAGUGACACCACAACAACGGAUACAACAAUGGAAGUGAACGCGGAGGCUCGGCGGAUUCUGGCCGUGUCCAUAAGCAAGUUGUACGCGUCCCGGAGCCAGCGAGGCGGACUGAGACUUCACCGGAGCCUCCUGCUCUCUCUGGUCAUGCGCUCCGCCCGGGACAUUUACCACUCAUCGGCGCCUCCGGCCGAGCCCAUGGAGACGGGCCCCGGAGAGCCGGCUGAGCUCGACCUGGAGUCGGGACUCCAGGCGGACGAGCCCCCCGCCGAGUUGAGCUCGACGGCAGGGGGAGGUGCGCACCAGGAGGUCGAGGGGGAGGAGGAAGAGGCCACCGAGGACAAAGAGAACCGGAGCCCGAACAGGCGCUCCAGGAAGCGGCGGGGGAAGACUUCAGUGGCGCCCCACUUCCUCCCCAGUAAGAGGGCGAGGCUGGAGCCCGGGGAGGAGCGGCACGCCGCGCCGCCGCCGCCACCGCUACCGCUACCGACCAGCUGCCGAAUGGGCCCCGCCGAGUCCCUCACGUCGUUCUCCCUGAACCGGGUUGUGCCGGCUUGCUGAGAGGGCGCGCGCGACACGGAGGCUCCACAGGACUUGGAGCGCUGUUUCCGCCUGCACACUUGGAAGAAGGGGCCUGGAGGCCACAUCGACUGUCCCGGGACGGGAAGGUUCCCCAGCGGACACGAAUGGGGCCCUGCGCGGAGGGUCUUGGGUCCGGAUCGAACGAGCGACCCAAUAGACCGACUCUCCAGCUGAGUCACACGCCGUGGACCGUUCACGAGCCAGGACAAAUACGCGCAGUGACUCCUAGCGGACGGACGGAGGGAGUAAGUGAGGUGUUUACCCGACACACUCGCGCAAGCACGCCACGGCACGCCACGCCACGCCACGCCGCUGUGUGGACUGACGACGGACGACACGGUGCUACCAAAACAAAAAGAAGAGGCUGUUUUGCAUCGACUUUUUGUCUAUUCCAUGAAUGUGAAAAUGACGUCAUAUACCUCACAUAUGUAAGGCUGCUUUCUUUGGUGAUGUUAAUAAUAAAUGAGUUGAAAUAAG